AUGAAGGUUUCUGCGGCCGUUUUCUUUGCGCUGACCGUCGGGGCCUCUGCCACAGCUCGCCAAUACUGCACCGAGCUUGCUGCCCAGGACGCGCUGCGUGACAGGGUUUUCGUGCCCGGCAGCGCCGUCUACGACACCCGGCUCGCAUCCUACUACUCGGCCAACGCCGCCCAGCGCGCCUGGUGCAUGGUGCUGCCCGCAUCGACGGCCGACGUGCAAGCGGUCGCGCGAACCCUCAGCCGCCACCAGUGCCCCUUUGGCAUCCGCUCCGGCGGCCAUUCUACCUGGACGGGCUCCAACGGGGUCAAGGACGGCGUCACCGUUGAUUUUGGCCACAUGAACGCGACAACCUAUGACAGAAAGGCGGGCGUUGCCACAACGUUACCGUCGUCGGGGCGCGAACCUCGGUCGUCGGCGUUGGCGGCUUCACGACUGGCGCUGGCUACUCGUUUCACAGCAACGGCCACGGGUUCUCCUGCGACAAUGUAG